AUGGAAAGGCAGGGUCGGUCAGCAGGCCUCUUCAAGGCCAUCGUCAAUCCCGUCAACCUCAAAUGCACGACGCUCCCGAUACUGUCUCUCAACAACCAGUACUCGAGAAACUUCCACUUAGCCUGGCUAGGAUUCUUCGUCGCGUUCUUGUCUUGGUUUGCCUUCUCGCCACUAAUCCCGGACGCCAUCAAGAGCGACUUGCACUUGACGGCCGACCAAAUUGGGAAUUCGAACGUCGUCUCGCUAUGCGCUACGCUGAUAGUGCGGAUAGGUGUUGGACCUCUGGUCGACAAAUAUGGCCCUCGUAAAAUCAUGGCAGCGAUGCUCGUCAUCGGAGCUGUUCCCUCGGGAUUGGCAGGGACAAUCUCCACCACUCAAGGACUCUACAUUGUCCGGUUCUUCAUCGGCAUCCUGGGCGGCACUUUCGUCACAUGCCAGGCUUGGACCACAGCGUUCUUCGAUAAGAACGUCGUUGGCAGGGCGAACGCCCUUGCGGGAGGAUGGGGUAAUUCUGGCGGCGGUUUCACGUUCAUGAUCAUGAUCGGGCUCUACAACCGCUUCCUAGCAGACGGGCUGUCCUCCCGCGUCGCUUGGCGCGUGGCUUUCGCGAUCGUGCCUGUCCCGGUCCUGCUCUUCGUUGCAGCGAUAACUAUGAUUUUUGGUACGGACCAUCCAGCUGGGAAGUGGGCGGAUAGGCGCAAGUUGCCGAUUGCCCAGCGGCGACUUCACGAGGAGCAAGCCGCGUCCCAGGAGAAAGAUAUUGUGAAAGAGGAGCCGAGUGUGGACGUGGAGAAGGCAUCGGGUUCGGGAACGCAGGUCACUGUUGCGCCCGUCGGGGUAUCACCCAGUAAGAGUCAACAUUGCCCCGCAGAAAUUACUUCGGAGCUCGAUGUAGCAGUCAAUCGAGAGCUGACGUGGGAUGUCGCGUACACGACGCUCAUCAACCCGCUCACUUGGCUGCCCUCCCUCGCCUACCUGACCACGUUUGGCUAUGAGCUGGCGAUAGAUGCCAAUCUCGCGAAUGUUCUGUUUAACUUGUACAAUUCGCCUUCGUUCGGACAGACAAAAGCUGGUUAUGUGAGUGGGGUGUAUGGCUUGAUCAACAUCGUGACUCGGCCGAUGGGUGGAUAUCUGGGAGAUUUGGUGUACCAGCGUUAUGGUGUGCCGGGUAAAAAGUAUCUCACUAUCUCUUGCGGCGUUAUCCAGGGUCUGCUGUCGGUGGGCCUUGGUGUCUACAUCGAUGGCCGACCGCAUCCUUCACUGGGUGUUGCGAUUGUUCUCUUCCUCCUGACGGCGCUCUUCAAUGAAGCGGGGAAUGGAGCAAACUUCGCCCUCGUGCCUCACUGUAAUCCGAACUCGAACGGUUUGAUGACCGGCAUCGUUGGAGCCACUGGCAAUCUUGGCGGAGUGAUAUUUGCAAUGAUCUUCCGCUUCCAAGCUCGUCCCUACGGCAAGGCGUUCUGGAUUUCUGGGGUUCUCGCAAUAGUACGUUCAUAG